UUGCGCACGGGGAGGCCGGAAGUCGAGGCGGGAGUGAUUCUGCUUCCGUUUCUGGUUUUGCUCCAGUGUUUGGGUUUCUUCGCGGCCGCCCAAGAUGAACCGAUUCUUCGGAAAAGCGAAACCCAAGGCUCCGCCACCAAGCCUCACUGACUGCAUUGGCACGGUGGACAGCAGGGCAGAAUCCAUUGACAAGAAGAUUUCUCGAUUGGAUGCUGAGCUAGUGAAGUAUAAGGAUCAGAUCAAGAAGAUGAGAGAGGGUCCUGCAAAGAAUAUGGUCAAGCAGAAAGCCUUGCGGGUUUUAAAGCAAAAGCGAAUGUAUGAGCAGCAGCGGGACAAUCUCGCCCAACAGUCAUUUAACAUGGAACAAGCCAAUUACACCAUCCAAUCAUUGAAGGACACCAAGACCACGGUUGAUGCUAUGAAACUGGGAGUAAAGGAAAUGAAGAAGGCAUAUAAGCAAGUGAAAAUCGACCAAAUUGAGGAUUUACAAGACCAGCUAGAGGAUAUGAUGGAAGAUGCAAAUGAAAUCCAAGAAGCACUGAGUCGCAGUUAUGGCACCCCAGAAUUAGAUGAAGAUGACCUAGAAGCAGAGUUGGAUGCACUGGGUGAUGAGCUUCUGGCUGAUGAAGAUAGUUCUUACUUGGAUGAAGCAGCAUCAGCACCUGCAAUUCCAGAAGGUGUUCCCACUGACACAAAAAACAAGGAUGGAGUCCUGGUGGAUGAAUUUGGAUUGCCACAGAUCCCUGCUUCAUAGACUUGCAUUAUUCAAGUUCAUCAUGUAAAAUAAACACAUAUUCUGGCAUUAGGAAAUAUUUAUCUUUCCAAAUUACCAUAACAGAUUUAGGUUUCUUUACUUUCUUUGAAAGAAAGGUUAAUUACAUUGCUCUUUUAUUGUUUUCCGUUAAGAGACUCAUCACUUGGGGGAUGCUUUCUUUGUACUAAAAUUUGAUUCCUUUUCUCUUACGAAAGACUAACUUACUUAAAAGUAUCUUUGGCUUUGUAUGACUUCCUUUCAUUCGUUAAUAAUAAUUUGAAAUAAAACCAAGGCAAUGGGAAUCUUUAAAUUCUAUGACAGUGUAACUCUACAGUCUCCAAAUGAUCUGACAAGUUGAUGAUGCAAAGAUGCUAUUGUAGGGAUUGUUAUUAUGAUUCAAAACCAUUUUCUAUUGUGGUAUUAUAGGUUCGUUAAAUUGAUAGCCUUUUUUGAUGGGUUUUGUGCUGUCUUGUGAGCAAAAUGAUUACUAUGUCCAGUAUUGGAAUGGGAUUAUCACUAAUGUAUCACGAAUAGAUAUUUUGAUUCUGUGGUUCCCUCAGUAUUACAGCCUGACUUGUAAUCUCAAUAAUGAAUAUUUCUUGAUAUUUAAUGUAUAAGACAUUUAUUUAUACUCAAUAAAUAUUUUUCAAAAGGA